GUAGGCAGUGUUCAUAGACAAAGCAUUGGGGCGAGGGUUGGGGAAUGAGACUCAGGAUACACAGGGGCCUCACACACUAGAGCUGCAGAAAUGCACAGAAGGGAUAAGGGAGAUCAUAUUGUACAAUUACACGUGAGUCUGCAGAUGUGUGAGUGACAGAGUGCAAGCUGAUUGGUCGGUGAAUGUAUGAGGUCACACAUGACACAUGUAGGUAAGUGAUGGGACAGUCUGGGCCCCGGCAGAAUUAGCACAAUCCAUUGGCUGACAUUCCAGCUGUUGUGUGUGGCUCUCCGAGGCUUCUGGGAAGUGAGUCCAUAGCCUGUAUAUAUAUAUAUUAGUGCAUCGUGGGUAAUUAUUGCAGCAGCAUUUCUAUUGGGGUUCAUAUCCCCCCAGGUGAAGCCUCUGUGUGUUUGGGGCACAAGCUGCAGUUGAGCAACAUAAAUCAAAGCUCCGCUGGAUACAUUAAUAUUACAUAUUAUAUCACAUACACACGGCAUAGAAACAACAUCUGAUCUGACACAAGGGCUAAAGUGGGCCCUGCCCAGAAGAGCUUACAAUUAAUAUUACAUAUUAUAUCACAUACACAUGGGAUACAAAGAACAUCUGAUAAGCAACACAAGGGCUAAAGUGGGCCCUGGCCAGAAGAGCUUACAAUCUAAAAGCAGACAAAACAUUGCCUUUCACUUGCACUUUUAACCCACUGUACAAAUAUCCUGCAUGAGGGGGUCAGUUCUGCCUAAUGUGUGUGUUCUGCCAAAUUCUUUCUCUUCUCUCCCCCCAAAAUAUGUGUUUAAUGAUCAGCCAUGAGAAACAUGUGAGUGUGUAAUAACACAAGUUCCUUAUUAGCUGUAGGGUUGGGCCCAGAUCAACUUUAGCACUUUCACUGAUCAAUUAGUUGCAGGGCAGCGAGAGACAGACAGAGACAGACAGACAGAGACAGACAGAGACAGACAGACAGAGACAGACAGACAGGCAGAGACAGACAGGCAGAGAGGGAAAUGAGAGGAGUCAGUGCCUGAGCCAAGAACAUGGAAUAUUGUGUCACUGGGAAAGUGCUGGAAUUUCUCUUGUUCUUUCUGCUCCUCCUGCUGCUGCAGCAAUGUUCCUCCCUGAAAGUAACAGUUCCCUCCUCUCAGUCUUCCCUGAUUGGAAGAGAUGUCCUACUUCCCUGCACAUUCCGAGUGGAUAAUCCUCCAGUGAAUCCCAAGUUUCUCGCUCUCUUGUGGCAUUUUGGAGACAAGGAGGUUCUGAGAUACGACACAAAAGGGAAGGUCUCCAGCCCCCGGUUAUCCAUAGAUGAGAAACUUAUACUGGAAGGCAAUGCCUCAUUGUCUCUCUCCAACUUGACCAUCUCUGAUGGAGGAACCUACAGGUGCUCAGUCAUUUACAGCCCAAACACCCAACAGAAGGAGAUCAGGCUGCACAUUCAUGCGGUGCCAGAGGUUGCGGUUGCUAAGAGAACUCUCGUUCAGAACCAGGGAACUUCCCUUCAGUGCUCAGUGACUGAUUUCUACCCACAACCCAUCACUGUGACUUGGCUCAGGAAUGGGAAGCUAUUGGCCAACUCAGUUCUGGGGCCCCUUCAUCAGAAUGCGGAUGGAACGUUCCGACAGAACAGCACCCUGACUCUCACCCCCUCCGACACCCUGAAUAACCCAGAGAUUGUCUGUCAGGUGCAACAUGAAUCCCUCCCCACCCCCAGACAAGAUAGUUACAAGGUGCAGUAUGGAGUGCCUCCGUCAGUACAAGUCUAUUCAGCCAAGAUCAAUGGACGGCCGGAGCAGGUAUUUGUGUGUGAAGCGACUCAGUUUGACCCAGAACCACUGCAGAUUAAAUGGAUCCUGAAUGGGAAAAUUGCUGAAGAUCAGAGGAAAAACAAAGAUGGGGGUUUCAAUAAAGGUUCCUAUUACUUUCUAAACCCAACAAGUGGGAGCCAAGAGGGAAACAUCUCCUGUGAGGUGGACCAUGAGACUCUGCUACAUCCCAUCACUGAGACUCUACAGCUGAGACAAGAGGACGAAGAGGCCAAAUAUUCUGCAGGGAACAUUGCGGCGGCCAUAUUUCUCACCAUGCUGCUGACUGGGGCCGCGAUCACUGUGGGACUCUGGUUUCUCAUUUACAGGAAGAAAUAUUUCCAGAGAUUCCGGGUGAGUCACAUACACAGGAGUCAGAUGUUGGAUGGGGAGAAGGUGACUCUGUACUGUGUGGCCUCUGACUGCCCUAAGGACCCCCAGGUGAUAUGGACAGUGGAGGAGAAUGAUGGGAAGAAGAUGGAGAUAACAGAGGAUGAGCCCCAACCACAAGGAGAAGGGAAUAUGUUGCUGGAUCAGGAAUUCUCUGUAAGAACAGACAGAACAGAGACAGACGGGAGACACAAUGUCACCUCCUCCCUCAGCUUCACCCCCGAUGUAUCAAAGCACAAGGGGAUGUCUGUGUUCUGCAAGUUUGUCUGUGAUGGAAGAGCCAAAGAGGAGAAACUAGACUAUUUAAUCAUAUUAAAGCCCAAGGAUUCCAUGAAGCUUUCCCUGAGUGAGUCAGGAGAGGUUCUGAGCUGCCUGACCCUGCAGGAGUUUUACCCCAGAGACAUCCAGAUCAGAUGGAGCUGUGGAGUUGGACACUACAAGGAACUGGAAUCCAAAGAAAAACCCACAGACAACUCUGGCAGCAGCUUUAAUAUUGAGAGUGAGUGUAAGCUCCCAGGACAUCUCUUCAAAGAUCCAGGAUUCAAAGUGCGAGUGACCUGGAACCACAGAUCCAGUGAUGAAGAGGAGUCCAGGGAAUUCUCGGCAACAGAUCCAGAUUUCCCCUGGCGCCCACAGAUGGAAGAGAUAAUAAAACCUGAUACCCUGAUACACGGCACAGAGGGCAAAUUCCAGUGUAAGAUCUUGGGGUAUUUCCCUGAUGCUCUGGAGGUGAAAUGGUUGAGGAGAGAAGCAGGAGGGCAGGAAUUAUUCUCUGUGUGUCCCAGUGAGAAAUACAAGAUCCCAGAGAUGGAGCAGAAGAGAGAAGCUGAUGGGACCUUCUCCUGCACAGUCAGUCUCAUUGUCUCUGUGUCAGCAAUAACUGAGAAAGGAGCGGAGUUUAUCUGCCGGGUGGGACACCCCAGUCUGGGGGAACCCCUAGAGAGAAGCACUGGGGCCCUCAGUGUGAGAGGGGUCCCAGUUAUGACAAACAUUACCCAGAAGGACACACACAUCAUCAUGGAAAUAGAUCAGUUCUACCCACAGAAUAUUGAGGUUACCUGGCACAGAGCUGGGAAAGACCGAAAGGAUUAUAAGAAGAUCCCUGAUGCUGAUAUACACAAUGAACUAUAUGAGAACAGUGACGGCUCCUACAGACUCACCAGUGUGAAUAAGAUAAACAAGAAUAAUUUGUACAUCACUGCUCUGGUGCAACAUGAGACACUAAACUCUCCAAUCAAGAAAGAGUUCCUACGGGAGAAAAAAGUCUAUUAUCUGCUGUCAGAGGGGCAGAAACCGGACCCAUUGCCUAAACAAACAGAUCCAGCCCCCAACAAUGAGGAGUCGGGGAGAGGAAGUGAAGAUGCAGGAAAAACACAAAUACCCCCAGUUACAGGGCAACAGAAUGUAGGAAAUGCCCCUGGGGAAGGAAAGAGCAAUGGAAAGAAAGACUGAUGAGUUUGGUUGGUACCUGGGUGGGUUCCUCGUGGUGCUCAGAACUCACUGUAGUAACUAUUGUUGUGCCUGUCUGUGACUCUGUCUCGGUGGAAGUGAAAUUAGAUUGUAAGUUCUGAUUGGUUAAUCGGUGACACUAUUAGAGGAGCACAAGUGUCAUCCAACCAACCUAAAGAGCCCAGAGCAACACCACCGGGGAGAAUGUGUCCAAAUCCUACGUGAAUAUCCAGUAAAGGAGGCUGACCAAUCAAGUGCUGAAAUGUGAGGGCUGAAUAUUUAUGGAACUGGUACAUUUCACAUUAUUUAAACUGGCUUUUAAAGUUUUUUUAAAAAAAUAAAUAAAACAAAGUUAAUAAAAAACGGUUUGAAAUAAAAAUAUCACCAAUAAAAACCUGUGUGUGUAGG